AUGAAUGAAAUAAUGGUAAUUAAUCUGACAAAACAACUCAUAGCAGAACGCGUAAUUUGACUGGAAAUUGACAAAUGAAUUUGGUAUCAGAAUCAGAAAGGAACAAUGAGUCCACCAACCUCAUUCUUCUUCAUUCUUCUUCCCGCGUAAAACCCUAUUCUCUGUUUCCUUUUCCAUGACGACGUCGUUUUUCAACGGCGAGAGAGUCGUUGUUCUUUUCUUCAUCUCCAGAAUCCUCUUCUCUCUCCCAAUCUCUCUCAUCUCCCAUGGCGUUUCUCUCUCCCUCAUCGCCCUCGCCGCAUUCCUCCUCGAGAUCUCCGUCGAUUCUUCCAUUUCUCCCUUCCCUCUCCGCACCAGACCGGGCGCUUCCUCCGGAAUUCUACUCGGUGCAAUAACUCUUCCGUCUCUCAUUCUCUCCAAAUUGAUACAAUCAUCACGUGGAUUCUCGCUCCAACAACUUCAACCUCAAGAGAUUGAAUAUCUGACAUUGCAAUACUGGGCAACAUCUGCCAGCGUCUUCUUUGUGCUUUUAUUCCUCGCGUUGAGGCUAAGGAUUUCUCAUUGGGGUUUAAGGUUUAGCUUCUGUUUCAUUUUCCUUCAAGCUGUGCUCUGUGUUGCGGCGCUUUUGACUACUUCUCAAAUUGGGUUGCACCCUGCACUGAAGCUUUCAUGGGUGUUUUUUCAUGGAUUGGGAUCUGUAAAGCUAAUUCAGCAUUUCAUGAGAACUUUUCCGUCGUGUGCUUCUGUUGGGGAAGCAUUUUUGGUGACUGCUGGCAUCGUUCUCUAUUUUGGUGAUAUGCUGUUGCUUACUAUAAAAAAGCUAUGUGGACUAUUGGUGUCAUCAGAGUUGGAUACUACAGAUGAAAUAAAACGAAGUGAGAUAAAUAUUAUAAUUCAGGGGCUUGUCCUUGGGCUUCUGCUAUAUCCAAUAGCUUUGAAAUAUAUUCUCCAAAUAUGGGAGUGGUUAAUAAAUACAAUUUAUUCUGAACAAAAAAGAUACUAUGAGAUUGGGAGAUCCCUCAUAUUUAUUGCUUCCCUUGGACUUGCCCUCAUAGUGUUUGUACCAUUAUGGAUGCAGUUCGUACAGGAAUUUGAUAUGCAUCCCUUUUUCUGGGUGCUUUCCUUUGUUUUCUCAGAACCAUCCAAAAGACUGUCGUUGUGUAUCUAUUGGCUGUGUAUAAUUUCUGUUUCUGUUUUGCGAUUCUAUACCAUCUCUAAGAACAGUAAGAUUGAGAGGAUUCUUUUGCGGAAAUACUACCAUCUGAUAGCUGUCUUGAUGUUUUCACCGGCCCUUAUCUUUCAGCCAAAAUUUCUCGAUCUAGCUUUUGGCGCGGCAUUGGCGGUUUUCUUAAUAUUAGAAAUUAUUCGAGUAUGGAGAAUCUGGCCCUUUGGACAACCAAUAAAUCAAUUCAUGAAUGCAUUCACCGAUCACCGUGACUCUGAUCUUCUCAUUGUCAGCCACUUCUCACUCUUGCUUGGAUGUGCUCUUCCUAUUUGGUUGUCUUCUGGGUACAAUGAUCGACCUCUUGCACCUUUUGCGGGAAUUUUGAGCCUAGGAAUUGGAGAUACAAUGGCAUCAAUGGUUGGGUACAAGUAUGGUGUUUUGAGGUGGAGUAAAACUGGCAAGAAAACAGUUGAAGGUACUGCAGCUGGUAUAACGUCUGUACUAGCUGCAUGCUCUUUACUCCUUCCACUUUUAGCAUCAGCCGGAUACAUUUUCACUCAGCAUUGGUUCUCUCUACUUCUAGCCGUGACUGCAAGUGGCUUGUUGGAAGCCUACACGGCGCAACUUGACAACGCCUUUAUACCACUCUUUUUCUAUAGUCUUCUCUGUUUGUAGGAAUAGCUUCUCACUAAAGCAAGUUUCCUUGAAGAGCAAUGACUGGUUUCUGCAAACCUGCUUGGCAGAAAAGGUCAGAUAAUUAUUAACCAAUGCAACGGCGAUUCAUGACAGUUAGGUUUGGUGUACAUAGUUAGGAUUGUAUCUUUAUACAGAAGUGAUAGGAAUACAGGUGUUUUGACCUUUUCUUUUAAAGGGUUAAUACCUAGCAGAUAGCAUACAGUAUUCAGGAUAGGAGGGACAAUUUUUCAUUUUUUAUGAAACACUAGUGCACUUGGUCUAAAGGAAUUUUUAUUGUUUUCUAUAUUCACACGAAUAGUACUUUUCAUUUCUCAAGGUUAUGUUGUAUAUUGGCAAUUGGUAGAUUAAAAUUUUUUAAAUCAUGUGAGAAAAUAUUCAUAUACAAUUACCUUGUUCUCAA